UCAUGAUAUAAAACUGAGUUGGCAUAGUUUCAUUGUAACCAAAUAGUAGGCUUGAGAUUGUUCGGCCUAAACAUUAGGUUUUUAUGCGAUAAAUAAUUUUUUGAUCUAAAAUAUUUUUAAAAAUGAGAUCAGCUCAUCAGUAAACAAAUUAUGUAAUUAAAAAAAGUUUUUUAAAAAAUAUUUAAGGGCCAAAAAUAUUAAUUUGAUCAAGUAAUAUAAAUUUUAUUUUUCCAUACAAUAUUUCAUAAAUAAUUUUCAUAUAAAUUCACCAUGCGCCUUCCGCAGGUCUUAUCCUAGUUUUAAAAAUAAAGUAUUAAAAAUUAGGACACUUCAAUUAUUUGGAUGGACUGGUCAGCUCUAUAUCUCAGAAUAUACAUACUUGGCAAUUAUCAUGAAAUCCAUCGCCGUUUUUUCUUGUCGGCUCCCAUCGCCGUUACGUGGUUACUCAUUGUAUAAUCUGUGACCAAUUAGAUAUUAUGGUAAAAAAAAGUUUAGAUCAAUCAAAACAUUCAAAAUAUUCCAAGAAAUAAAACAAAAGGAAAGAGUUGACAAAAAAAAAGGAAAAGAAACAGCUAAAAAGGAAAUCAAACCUAUCCACAAAACAAAUUAAACAUAUCUUUUGCGAAAAAGGAAAUUAGUGAACAACUCAGUUAGCUUUCUGUUAUAAAUAAGAAAGAGCUCUGAAGCAACACAAUUCAUUCGAUAUCUUGUUUUGUUUCUCAAGUCAAACCAAAACACAACUCACAGAAAAGCUUGAAAGAGUUUGAAUUCCAAAACCCUAAUAAUUUACAAAGUAUGUCGAACAAGACGAUUAUCAGAGAAGACAACAACGAAGCUUUGCAUGUUGUUGUUGUUAACGAACCAUCUUCACUAGAGUUCGUCUCUUUUCUUGGCAAAGGUGGUUUCGGCUCCGUCGCUCUCAUGAGAGAUUCCAAAUACCAAUUAUACGCUGAGAAAUCAUCUCCAAUGGAUUUCAUCAAAAGUCUCGAGAAAGAGCAUAGGAUCAUGCUUCGUUUCCGCAACCAUCCACGCAUAGUCCAAACAACGAGCCCUAAUCUUCACAUAGGGUUCAAUCGCAACCGUUGCUACAUCAACAUGGAGUUCGCCUCCAAAGGUACUCUCCACAACGUCAUCUCCCAGCAGUUCCGUGGUAGACCCAUGCCGGAGUUCAUGGUCGGACGUGCGGCUCUUAUGAUCUUACAAGGACUUGAAGCGCUUCACUCCCGAGGCUACGUUCACUGUGAUCUCAAGCCCGCCAACGUUCUCCUCUUCCCUUCCAAGACCUUCGGAGAGCCGUGGGAUCUCAAGCUUGCUGAUUUUGGUUUAUCCAAGGAACCGGGUUCGGAUUCGAGGUCUUCUUUGUCUGGUGGUACGCCGCAGUACAUGCCCCCUGAGUCUUUGGGACCCAGCGGAGUGAAGAUGGUGGGACCUGCCGUUGAUAUGUGGUCUCUAGGGUGUGUUGUAGUUGAGAUGUUUGGUGGCUGGCCUGAGAAGAGGCGAGGUUGCUACGCGUGGAGGCUUCCCGGACUUGUGUCUCCCGUGGCUAAUGACUUCUUGAGAAGGUGCAUGGCGUCGCAGCCCUCACGCAGGUCCACCGCAGCUGAUCUGUUGAAACAUCCUUUUGUUGCGCUGCAAAGAAGACCCAUGAUGAUGACGAUGGCUCCACCACGGCCAGAUCAGAUGCUUCAGUAUUGUCCUCCGGUUAGAAGACAAAUAGGACCAGUGAUGAUGAUGAUGAUGGCUCCACCAAGACCUGGAGAUUUGAUCUGCUGAGAUCAAUCGAAAGUAGGAAAAAGAGAGGAGUUUGCGAUCAAAGGCAGCUAUUAAGGUUUCCGGUGUUAAAGAGUCGUGUAUAGGUUUCAGUUGAGUCCGUGUCUUAAUUUCGGUUGGUCAUGUUUUGGUACUUGCGUGCUAAGUUUCAGACUUUCGUUUUUUUAGGUUGACGGUCUGAUAUUAUUUGUAAAUGCAUCUUACGUCUUUUAAAUCAGAGAUUAUUCAAAGUGUUUGAUUCUUUGAUAUCUUCUAGUAUUGCACUACUCAAACAAAAAUAUCGUCACACUUUCAACAAGAUGUAACUCAGAACUAGUAAAGUUUGUGUGUGAUUUUUACAAGAGCAAGCAAGCAUCAUUCUUACAUUAUUUUAGAGAUAACAACAACGCAACACAUUAGAAAAGGAAAAAAACAAUAGGUUUUGAGAUAUACAGCUGCUUCAACUUAGAAAACGUAUAGUGUUCAAAGAUUGAAUCUUCAGAGCUUGCUCCAUCUCUCUCUCUCUCUUUGACAGAGUGCUAUCACAGUUGCAAAUCUUUUUGUUCGUGUUAGUUUAUUUAAUACACGUGCACUAUAUUAG